GACAUCUGGGGGGGGGAGAGUGUGAAAGCAAAGUGAAGACAUUCUUCAUUCAGGAGACAGUCCCUGGCUUUGGCUGGCUGUAUCUGAAGGAACAGACAUCAGGGGCCUGUAGGCACACAGACACCCUGCCAUCUCCUGGAUUGUCGUCUCCAUACAAAGGAUUUGGGGUGAGCCUGGGUGGAGAGCAGCAGGCCAUGGAGAAGAAGUGACAGAGGGCUGACUGCAAGAUUGACACCUUUCCGGACACCAAAAGAGACCUCUGCAGGCAGGUGGAAUCAUGUCGGAGCCCCGGGCUCCCAUCAAGCUGUCCAGCACGGAGCGCCCUGUCAGAGCCGUCCCUUUUCCGCCCACGCGACGACUGACUAUGAAUGAGGUUUUUGUGGAAGGCCGUCCUCAGCUGGAAACGCUGAAGAAUCACCUGAUCAAGGAGGGGAGACUGGAGGAAGAGGUGGCUUUACGUAUAAUUCGAGAGGGAGCAGCCAUUCUACGACAAGAGAAAACCAUGCUUGAAGUGGAGGCCCCCAUCACAGUGUGUGGAGAUAUCCACGGGCAGUUCUUUGACCUCAUGAAGCUGUUUGAGGUUGGCGGUUCUCCUCACACCACACGCUACCUCUUCUUGGGGGACUACGUGGACCGAGGAUACUUCAGUAUAGAGUGUGUGCUUUACCUCUGGAGCCUGAAAAUGAUUCACCCCAAAACCCUGUUUCUCCUGCGAGGGAACCAUGAGUGCCGACACUUAACAGAGUAUUUCACCUUCAAGCAAGAAUGUAAGAUUAAGUACUCGGAGCGAGUGUACGACUCCUGCAUGGAUGCCUUUGACUGCCUCCCUCUGGCAGCUCUGCUUAACCAGCAGUUCCUGUGUGUGCACGGGGGUCUCUCCCCGGAAAUCACCUGCCUGGACGACAUCAGGAAAUUAGACAGAUUCAAGGAGCCGCCCGCUUUCGGCCCCAUGUGUGACCUGCUAUGGUCCGACCCUGCCGAGGAUUAUGGCAAUGAGAAGACACUGGAGCACUUUACCCACAACACAGUGCGCGGCUGCUCCUAUUUCUACAGCUACCCCGCUGUCUGUGAAUUCCUGCAGAACAACAAUCUCCUGUCAGUGAUCCGGGCCCAUGAAGCACAGGAUGCUGGCUACCGGAUGUACCGAAAGAGCCAGACGACUGGUUUCCCAUCUCUCAUCACCAUUUUCUCUGCACCGAAUUACCUUGAUGUAUACAACAACAAAGCCGCAGUGCUCAAAUAUGAGAAUAACGUGAUGAACAUCCGUCAAUUUAAUUGCUCUCCACAUCCUUACUGGCUGCCAAACUUCAUGGAUGUGUUCUCUUGGUCUUUGCCCUUUGUUGGGGAGAAAGUCACUGAGAUGCUGGUGAAUAUUCUCAGUAUCUGCUCGGAUGAUGAACUGAUCACAGAAGGAGAGGACCCGCUGGAAAGUGGCGCCUCUGUACGUAAAGAGAUUAUACGGAAUAAGAUCCGAGCGAUUGGGAAGAUGGCCAGAGUGUUCUCUGUGCUCAGGGAGGAAAGUGAGAGUGUGCUGACGCUGAAGGGACUGACACCCACAGGAGCACUCCCCCAAGGGGUCCUGUCUGGUGGACGACAGACCCUGGAAAGCGCCACAGUUGAAGCUCAGGAAGCUGUCCAAAGCUUCUCCCCCCAGCACAAGAUCCGCAGCUUCGAAGAAGCCCGAGGUCUGGAUCGGGUCAACGAGCGCAUGCCCCCACGCCGUCCCUCCUCCUCCUCCCAGGACAUCAAUCUGAACACCACUGAUAAGAACAGUAACAAGGAACAGCAGUGACCCUCCGAACCUGUGCGCCAAUCUCCCAUCACCUCCACCAAUAACGUGUGCUCGAGGGCGGGACUCUCAAUCCAAGCAAAGGACACAUACACAACGCUGUACAAUUUCUGACUCCAUACUGCUCUAUACC